CAAGACAGCCGUGGCACCGCAGAAAAGCUUCGCCGGCGAAGUCACCUUGCCGGCAUCGGCAAACUGCUGCGCCUCUAUUCUCACCCGCCCGGUCGACAUCAAAAAGAGGCGCGCGCCGAGACUCGCCCCAGAAGGAGGAGGAGAAGGAGCGUCGCGUCACCGCGGCGUCAAAGGGCAGGGGCGCUUGGGUGAGAAGUUUGACUUCAUUGGGCACACGGCCACGGCAAGAGAGGACACGUCCUGGGCUUGGUUGCGUCCUCGCGCGAGACGGCUACGGAGAGUUUGGCACUUUUUCGCGUUAGACACAAACACACACACAACACAACAAAAAAAUAAAACAACCGCCACGAUCAAGUAUUUUACACUCCAUUAAUGUUCUGCUUAUUUCUUUGCGUGGGAACUUGAAUCUUCGAAAACUUCAAAAAGACCGACAAGCACCACGAUGGACGGCAACAUCAGCAGCGGCUCGCUCAACAUCAGCAAGCUCGACAACUUCACGCGGGGGCUGCUCACGGGACGCCUGACCACCGUCGCGUUGCCCACCAUCUACGUGCUGGUCUUUGCCGUCACGUUGCCCUCCAGCGUGGCCGCCCUGCUGAUGCGCGGCACGCGCUCCUUCAAGCCCGGGGCGGGUCGCGCCGCCGCCGCCGCCGCCGCCGCGGGACGCCGCCCGUCCCCGACGAGCAUCUACAUCCUCAACCUGGCGGCCGUCGACCUCGCCUUCAUCGUCUUCCUCCCGCUGCAGAUCGCCUACCACUACGGCGGCAACCACUGGCCCUUCGGCCGCUUCCUCUGCCACGCGGUCACCGCGCUGCUCUACCUCAACACGCACUGCUCCAUCUACUUCCUGGCGUGCAUCAGCGUCGACCGCUACCUGGCCGUCCUGCACCCGCACGGCUUCCACAGGCUGAGGAGCGGCCGCUUCGCCGCCGGCGCCUGCGCCGUCACGUGGGCCCUGAUGGUGCUCGCCACGGCGCCCCUGCAUGCCGUGGACCUGACGCGGCGCGUGCCCGAGCUGGGAGUCACCACCUGCUACGACGUCUUCCCCAAGAGCGACGCCGUCGUCACCUUCUUCCAAGUCUACUGCGUCGUCUUCUUCGUCGUCAUCUUCCUGCUGCCCUUCUGCGUCACCAUCUUCUGCUACGUGUCCGUCAUCUGCAAGCUCGCCAAAGGCGGCGGCGGGGCCGCCGGCGCAGCCGCCGCCGCCGCCGCCGCCGCCGGCGGCUGCGCCAAGGUCAGCAACUUUCGCCGCCGAGCCAUGCGGCUGUCCACCGUGGUGCUGCUCAUGUUCGUCACCUGCUUCGCGCCGUGCAACUGCGUGCUGCUGAUGCACGCGCUGCUCAACUGGACGCGCGGGAGCAGCGGCCUGUACGGGGUCUACCGCCUCACGCUCGCCUUCAGCAGCCUCAGCGCCUGCCUCGAUCCGUUCGUCUUCUACUUCAGCUCGCACGAAUUCCGCAGGGCCGUGCGCCGCCUCUUCCGCCGCGGGUCGUACGCCGGCACCGAGGUGUCGAGCCAGGAGCACGAGGCCACCUCCAACAGCAAGGUUUAGACGGGCGAGGCCGGGAACCGAGGCGGCGGAGGGAUUUGUAGAAGCGAGGACUACGCGAUGCUGGGGUAUCUUUGGAGCUGGCCGCGUUGCCGGGAAAAUACCACUGCCCUCGAUGUUAAGUAGCAAUUUGCAGUUUGGAUAAUUUAAGCCAAUUCCUCUAUUGGCGGUGUUCACAUCUCACUGCAUUGACUUGAUUAGGGAUACUUGCACAACACAGCCCCCAGCACGCAAUUAGUCUCUGUAAGAUUGCACACUUAAAACUAACAUUAUUUAUUUGCAUUUCUAAAUACGUAAAACGUUGAAGAAUUACAAACACAACCUUUGAACUGUUGUCAGAGCGUAGGGGGUGGAUGGCCGUGUGUGUAUUAUGCAGCAUGUCGUGCCGAGUCACUGGAGCUGGGCUGCAUUGCAUCCUGCAUUCGUGCAUUCUUACUGCGUCUGAUUUCAACGAGCCAGACAUGACAGCGCUAUGACACGUUCGAGCGCCACGGGCUUACGAGUGCAUGUUCCCCAUUCCCGUCAAUGAAAGCAAACUCACUUUCGACCACCCAAAUGCACAAAGUUAUCCGUACAAACCAGUUGAGUCCCCCGGAAAUGGAUUUCAUGAAACAGGUCUUUAAAAUGUCCCAUGUCUGAGAUGGAGGAAUACAUUGUGCGGGUAAAACUUCCCAUCAACUCUUAGAUAUGACCCUUGCUGGUGUUAAGAGGCUUCGUCUCACCUGACCUGCACACUCUCCACUGAAGGCUAAAUGCGCCAACUCACGUUCCUGACAUUUAUUCAAGCUGUCAGGCAGGCAGGUGAUUACAAAAUGCAAAUGAUUACUAAGAUUACUCGGAGGUUAGCUCACCAGUCACUGAAGUUGUUUGCGGAAAAGCAGCUAAUCCAUAACUUACGUUUGGAUUUGUCAAGACAAAUGGAAAUGUUAGGAUGGUGAUGUAAUUUGCAAGAGUAUGCCAUUGCAUGCUACUGUCCUCGCACCAGUUGCAAACUCAAAGAACAGCCACAGUUCCCAGUUCAUAAUAAUACACGUACUUCAGUAACAAUAGUCCCAAGUCUUGCAAUGCCGACGAGAUGAAGAGUCUCAAUGCACUUAGAGCCUAUUUAAUGGAAUGACAAUGAUUUACUUAAAGUGGAAAUCCUACAAAUGGGGUGUUCUCCCAUUAAAAAAAAAAUUGCAUGAUGUACUGAACCUUGUGUAAAAGAAUCCCGGCCAAAUUACUCAGGCUAAUAAACACAUUCGUGCCUUAUAAAGGUACCAUCUUUCAUUGAAAGAAGAUUAAUUAGGCGGCAGCUUGAACUGCACGGUUGAAAUAUUGUCAACACAUUCCUCGUAACAGGGGUUGAGCAACCAAAAUAACAAGAAGAGACAUUUUUUUUUCGAAUUCGGUAAAACAAAAAUCGAUAUUUCAAGAAGCCGCAAUGCACAACGUCACGAAGCAGUCCUUUGAAGGAGCCGCGGACGGCUCUGGAACCGCACGCAGGUUGCCUACCCCUGGCUCAGACGCUCCAAUUGUUUAUCUCAGCAACAGCGCAGAAGAGAACCAUUUGAAGCGCUCGUCCCUAGGAGCCUCUCAAACAUCCGCACGGAUGCGUGUCGCCAACACCACGGGAGACGUGGAGGUUUCGAGGGACGAGACUAACGCGCGUGCGUGCUGUAGUUGUAUCUACCCGUACGUAUGUUCCGUAUGCAUGUUGAACUUCUUUCGCACCGUACGGGCAAUGACGCGGCACAACGGUAGCGCGUUCGCCGCUUACUGCAGACGUUCACGGUUCGAAUCCAGCGGCCACCCUGGUUAUUGCCGCAGUGGUGUAACAACCGCAGCUAUUACCACGGCGGUGUAACAACCACAGUGUUGAUACACAACGCCUGCUUCACAGCACACGUUAAAGAUGCCCCGACGUCAUUCGCAAGAGUGGGCCGUCGUGUGCCGGCAUCAGGGUCCAAGUCGGCCAAAUUCGAAAAUUAUUUGCAAAUUACAUUUUUCUUAUUCCACGCAGCGGCAAUCAUCGCCCCCUACCGGCAGGCUAACGUCCAUUUGCAGGCCAGGUGCCGAGUCAACCUGUGCCACACAGGGACGGCUGCCAAUGUGGGUGCCUUUUUAUAUGUUUGAGAUGUGUUGCAGGGAGUAUAGGCCACUAAAUCAAAAACACAUCAUUAACCUUGCCCAAACUCCUGUCUGAAUAUAAUUACAGCUGAUAUCUUUAUGGACACCCUAGACAGUAUUUUCCCCAUCCAUGCAUUUCAAUUAAGGGUAAAAACACACACGUUCUUCUCGAAAUAAAUUCUGAAAAUCCAUGCAGAAGACUUCAACAGUCAUUGUGGCUUAAUGUCCCUGCUUUUGGGAGUAAGGAAGCAUCGCACGGCGAUUAUCACUAAAUAAUGUCUUAAUAUUGUUUUCACACCACACUAGACAGCACUCCACACAUGUAUGUGUGAUGUAUAAAUCACGAGUAAUGUGCCAUUACAUUCGUGGAAAACUGCAUGAGUAGAGCUCUAAAAAUCUAACGUUUGAAAGUGCUUACACCCACACAGUGUAAAAAAAUAAUACAAUCACGAACAUUGCAUAAAUGUCUAGCUUGACAACUUUGCAACAAUUUUGCAGACCUUUGGAAUGACGCAGAACUUUUUUCAGUAAAUUUCAUUGAAUAGAGAACGUGGAACGGCGCCGCGAUCACACACAUUGAAUGGGCGAUGACGCAUGAACAUCUACAUGGCAACGGCCUCUGAAUAUUGCACGGAAAGCACUAACUUACAUAAUGCACUAUUGUAAUGAUUUUGCAAGCAGUUUUAUUUUUCCCCAAAAAACGGUCGGGUAAAAAAAACGGUCGGGUAAAUCAAUGCAAAACUUUCUCGUUGUAACAUUUAUUACCCAAAGAGAUUUACUGUUAGUAUUUUUUAAAAAAAAGUAUCCCAUCUCUUGUGCUAAAAAUGUAAAGUACAUUCUUCGCACGUGCACAGACGAAUACCGCCGUAUGUUGUAAAUGAUCGGUGGGACGAUGCCUCGCUCGAUGCAUUGAUUAAAAUCGACUCUUGCGCUCA